UGUCACAUCUUGAGUUGUUUGAUCAGGCGUUGCUGACUCUGACCCAAAGGAGUGAAAACUUGCUGUCAGUCUUGAGAAGCUCUUCCCAGGUUGAUAUUGCUGAUCUUGAGGCUGCAAUUAUGAUGCUGGAGGAGCAUGAGGCGCAACUACAGGCGUAUGCAUCGCUGAGAGAGACACUCCACCAAAGAGAGUCUUCCCUGCUUCGCUGUUCCACCCCAGAAGCCCAACAGCAGCUCCAGGGCUGGAAAGAGGAUUGCCUUCAGCCCCUCCGCGAAUCCCAGCGUCUCCUGCUCCUCCGGAAAGAGUGCCUGACUGAGUUAAAGGCCUUCCUCCAGAAGCACGGCACAGCGGCUAAGGUUGUGCACCGUCUGCACGAGGCCGUGGAGGGCAGGGGGAGCUGGGACCGCUCCAAGGCUGAAGAGCUGCAUCAUGGAUUAGGGGAAGUGGCUAAAGACGUGGCCCGGCUCGAGGCCGAGGCAGUCGGGUUAGAUGGGCAGCUGAGCAAGGCACACCUGCACCUGUGUGGGGCCGAGUGGCGGGGCACCAGAGACGCAAGCUAUCCUCAGGGAAGAAUGUCCUGCAGAGGACAGGCAGUGGCCCUCAUGAUGGCUCUGGAGGAAGUGCAGAGGGGCGUUGGGUGGAGACAGAGCGAAGCAGAUGCUUUGAGUGCCCUGUGGAGCUCCUUCAGGGAGAGGAAGGAGGAGGUGUUGAAGAAUUUGAAGAAACUGGAGGCUGAAGUGAGGCAAGAGGAGGCCAGAGAGAGCUCUGUACAGGCCUUUCAAAACAGGCUGCGUUUCUUCGUCCAGCUGGAGGAUGAGCUCCAGUCCCUGCAGCACUCCCAGCAGUGGUUGGAGGAGAAGGGAAGCCAGCUGGCCCAGAGAGACAGUGAGCUGGCUGGGGAGGCUCGCAGGGAGGUAGCCUUGGUGAAGACAGCCUGGGAGGACGUCAAGAUACUGAUCACCACCGGUCAGGAACAGAGUGGAGUUGUGGUAGAUCUUCUCCGUCAGUUUCACCACCUGAAGUCGAGCCUUUGCGCUGUCGUGGAGAAUGCUCAGAGCGUUGCUCACAAUCUGCCCGACCACAAUCACACCGCUCAGGAGGCCAAAUGGACUUUCACACGGCACGAGACUGUCAAAGCUGAGUUGCGAGUAAAACAGGAAGACAUGGACCAGCUCAUCAGUGCAGUUGAAGACCUGCAGAGAGAGCUGGAGAAGGUCCCCAGUUCGGAUACUCGCGCCAUCCAGAGAGACAUGGAGAUGUUGAGAGACCAGUGGUUGGAGGUCUCAGAGGGAAUACAAACCAACACAGAGAGACUUGGCUGCUGCGUGGCCCUGUGGGACGACCUCAAGACCAUGGAGCAGGACAUCAGCCAGUGGACAUCCACCUCCGUCACUGAGCUCACAGACAGCGUCUCAAAUCUCAGUGACAAGGAGGAGACAGAGGCCCGGCUCAACACCUUUCAGGCUGAGAUUGAGAAGAGGGAGCAGAAGCUAGACGCCCUGCAGGAACGAGUUGCACAGCUGAAGGAGCGAGCCAAACUGCAGGAAACCCCGUUACAAAUUCAGGUCCUGGAGUCCGACCUGAGGAAGAAAAUGGCCCAUGCGCAGGAGGCGUACAACCAGGCCAAACACACUCUGACCUACUUCAGUUUCCAAAAGCAGCGACUCAAGGACCUCAUGUCCCAGAUGGCUGAGCGGCUGGAGGCAGUUGAGGGUUCGUUGUCUGACCUCACUGAGGCCACUUCCCCUGACGACAUUGGUACUGUCAAGGACCUGCAAAGUGUUGUGCAGCAGCAGAGGGCAGACAUGGACUCGGCUAGAGAUGCCCUGACUGCCCUGUGCAGGUCCCAUCCCUCUCAGGAGCUGUCGGUCCUCUCCUCUGACCUCACCUCCAUUGCGAAGCGCACAGAGGCUGUUGCUCAGCGCUGUGCCAAAACCAGGGGCAGCCUGCAAGAUGAGCUUCAGCUUCAUUUCAACAAGCUCGUCCGAGACUUCCACUCCUGGCUUGCAGAUCUAAAGUUGGAGCGGAAAGACUGUUCAAACCAAUCAGGAGAUGUUGCUAUGCUUGGAGCCAAGUUACAAAGGAUGAAGGUGUCAGUCGAGCAGACGUCAGAACACGAGGAGCGUCUCUCUCAGGUUUGUGAAGAGGCCGAGAGGCUCCAGCUCCACCUGCCCAAAGCUGGAGCAGCACUGGUCCAUGAGCAUCUCUCCUCCUGUAAGAGAGAGUGGAGGGACUACCUGAACAGCUGCUCUCAGAGCCAACGAGACUUGGAGGAGAGUAUUGGCCUUCUGAAAAACUUUGAUAAUUGUGUGGAGGAUAUACGAGACUGGCUGAAGCAGAUGGAGCUCAGCCUCAAGAGUGAGCCUGUUCUCGGGGAAGAGAGCCAGCACGGAGCCCCCGACACCACAGAAGAGCUGGAGAGGAUGGAAAACCUCCAUAAGGAACUGCUAGCAAGAAGGGACUCUAUUGAGCGUGUCUGCCAGGAGGCCCAGUCUCUGUCUGAAGCAGGCCGUGGGUCGGGAGGAGAGGUCAGGGUGACGGGCCAGCUCCAGAUGGAGCACCAAGCCUUACUGAAGGCAGCCAGGGAGAGGCUGCGUGGCUGCCAGGAGAGUCAGGCCUUCGGUGAGACCCUGCAGGGAGUCUGGGCCUGGCUGGAGGAGAUCCAGGAGAGACUGGGCACAGUAGACAGCACAAUGGGGACCAAGGAACAGUUAGAGCAGAGGCUGGAGACUGUGCAGGACAUCCUGCUUUUGAAGGGUGAGGGUGAAGUCAAGCUGAAUAUGGCCAUGGGUAAGUGUGAGAUGGCCCUGCGCAGCUACGGGGCGGCUGGACAGGAAGUGGUCCGCUCUCAGCUUCAGGAAGUGGAGGAUGCCUGGGCCACUCUGCUUGUGACCGCCAUGAGCUGCCACAGUCGCCUGGAGUGGACCGUGUCCCAGUGGGGAGGAUACUUGGACAGUGCUGCUCAGGUGCGGUGCUGGAUGGAGGCUGUGGAGCGGGAGGUGGGUGGCCCGCUUGUCCCGCAACCUGGGCCCAGAGAGAAGGCCUGUCAGCUAGAGAGACUUAGAGCCCUGCUGGCUGACCUCGAGGACCACCAGGCAGCACUGUCCAGCCUGGAAGAAAAAGCCAGAGAACUUUUCAAGAAGACUGGUGACGCCGGCUUCAACCACGGUGCCCGAACCCGGCCGCAGGCACAGUUUGAUGACCUCGCAGCUCUGGUGGAGGAGAGAGUGCAUCUUGCGCAGGCGGUCGUGUUGGAACACCAGCAAUACCUGGAGGCUGUGAGAGAGCUCACCGACUGGCUGAUGACUGCCGGAGAGGAGCUACAGCAUUGGUCUGACAUAUCAGGAGACUCCUCCGCUAUCAAAAAGAAACUGGCAGAAGUGAGGGAGCGUGUGGAGUGUCGGUUACUGGAGGGCAGAGAGCGCCUUAGCCGGGUGCGUCGGAGCGCAUCUACCACGGCGGAGCACACGGCAGCGGGAGGCUGCGAGGCCAUGGACCGACAGCUGGGGGCGCUGUCCCAGGCUCUGGAGCAGUGGGAGGGGGCCGCUCUGAGGGCCAGGGACGGCCUGGAAGGGGCCCUGGCAGCCGCAGCAGCUUCAGAAGAGGAGUACAACUGUCUGAUCGCUCGGCUGGAGGACGAGCUGAAAGAGUUUGACGGACGGCUGAGGAGGUGGAGCCAGGAGCUGAUUAAAGCUGAAGGGCGGAGCAACGGCGAGGAAGCAGUAGAAGGAUGGCAGCUGGCUAAGGAUCUACUGGAGGGUUUGCAGAGCGCCGAGCCGAUGGCGGAGAAGUUGAAGGGCCAACUGAACGACCUGGUGCGAUACUCCAGAGACCUGGGCACGCAAUCAGACCGGGUCACCGCAGUUAUCAAACAGCACAACAGUCUCAGUCUCCGUGCCUCCAGGGAGUGUCAAAACAAGGAGCGCUUGUUGGAGCAGAGGUUCCGCACAGCCCUGAGAGACUUCCAGCAGUGGUUGGUCAACGCCAAGAUCAGCACCGCCAAAUGCUUCGACGUGCCACAGAGUGUCACAGAGGCCUCGACUGCUCUGCAGAGGAUACAGGAGUUCUUGAGUGACAGGGAACAUGGCCAGGCCAGACUGAGUACAGUAGGAGCCAGUGGGGAGCUGCUGAUGGCCGUUGUGUCCAAAGACAGGGUGGAGGGGAUCAAGGCCAAGGUGGCAAAUGCGAGGGACGACUGGAAGGGCCUGAUGAAUAACCUGCAGAUGAGGGAGGAUGCUCUCAAGAACCUGCAGUCCCAGAUGACACAGUUUGAGGCCAGUGCUGAGCCUCUGCAGGACUGGCUAAACAGCACAGAGGUCAGAGUUCAGGAGAGCAGCGCUCGAUUACAUGACCUUCCAGCCAAGAAACAGGAGCUCAGCAAACUACAGUGUGUACUGGAAGAAAUAGCCAGUCAGGAGGCAGAGCUGGGCAGGCUGAGGGAAAGAGCUCAUCAUCUCUGGGAGGGACAAGCAGCCGGCAAGGGCUUCGUCCAUCGUGUAUCCCAGCUGUCUGCACAGUACCUUGCCCUCAGCAACUUAACCAAGGACAAAUCCUCCAGGAUUGAACGUAUCGUAGGGGAACACCGCCUCUUCUCUCAGGGUCUUAAAGAGCUGCAGGAUUGGGUGUGUGAAGCUCAGAGGGUCCUCAACACCUGCAUCUCCACCACCACUGACAAGGGCGUGUUGGAGGACCGGAUGUUACAGCUGGAAGCCUUACUGGCUGCUCGUCAGGAGAGGGAGAUCCAGCUGAAGAUGCUGCUGACGCGGGGAGAAGCAGUCCAGAGAAACACGUCGGCCGAGGGCGUCCCGGUGAUUCGCAAGCAGAUCCAGGACCUCAAGGACUCAUGGGAUUCCCUCCUCUCCGCCUCUAUUCAGUGUAAAAGUCAACUGGAGGGCGCUCUGUCGCAAUGGACCAGCUAUCAGGAGGACGUAGGCCAGUUUGUGUUGUGGAUGGACCGCGUGGAGGAGACGCUGAGCUGCUCAGACAGACAGUACUCAGAGAUGAGAGACAAGACCGCAAACCUGGGAAAAACCAAGCUUCUCUACGAGGAAGUACUGAGUCACAGCAAUCCUCUGGAGACCAUUGCCACAAAGGGGUCCAACAUGGCUGAACACUACACUACCCAGCAGGAGGUGCAGCAGCUGCAGUGUCGAUACAACGCCCUCAAAGAAAAGGCCAAGAAUGCAGUCAGUAAGGCCAAGGGACUGGUGCUGGUCCAUCAGGAAUAUCAGAGGGAGUUACAUGUGUUUGAGGACUGGUUGGAGCAGGAACAGGCCACUCUGGCCUCCUCCACCCAUCCAGAGGGGAACGUGGACACAAUAGAGAACACGCUGCAACAGUUACAGCUCCUGCAGGACCGCUGCUCAAACGGUCAGUCUUUGCUCUCCUCGGUGCUGACCAGCAGAGAGAGAGUAAUCCCUUGGGGUAUACCACAGAUCGAGGACCGAGCCCUGGACACCGCUCAGAGGGAGUGGGGCGCCUACCAGGGUCGCCUGGAGGAGACUCAGGCCCAGCUCAGCUACACACUGAGCCGACUGAGGCACAUGGGCCAAAGGUUCCUGAGCCUGGCCCACUGGCUGGAGGAGCUGGAGAAGGUGGCAAACAUCAGACGUCAUCGGAGGUCAGACCGAGCCACCAAAGAGACUCAGCUGAGGAAACUCCAGGGGUGUCUUGAGGCUGUGCUUGCGCGGCAGGGAGAGGUCGACGGCCUCUCCUCUCUGGCCCAGCAGGUUCUGGAGGAAACCUACAUCAGUAGUCGUGUUAGUGUUACUGCCACCCAGCUCACCGCCCGCUACCAUUCGCUGCUGCUCAACGUACAAGACACCAUCAAGCAGCUACAGGAGGAGGUGAGGAGUAUUGAAGAGGCAGAAAAUCUUUGCAUGUCAUUCACCGACUGGCUCGACUCAACUCAGAAAAGCUUCACGGUGUUAACUGAUGUUUCUGAACCACUGGACCGGGUCGCCAUGGAGAAAAAGCUGAAGAAACUACAGGCUCUCCAGUCUGAGCUCCAGCGUGGCCACGGUUUCCUGAAAAGCCUGAGGGAGCGGGCAGAACAGGCGGCCGGCUUCCUGGAUGAGGCCGGCGCUGAGAGUUUGGGAGGGGAGGUCGAGGGUCGCCUUGCCCAGCUGGAGGAGCUCGCCGGUGGGCUGAGGCAGGAGCACAGCUUCCUGGAGCGGGCCUUACUCCUAGCCAAGGAGUUCCAGGACCGCUACAAGGGUCAGGCUCAGUGGCUGGUGGAGACCCGAGCUCUGCUCAACACCCCGGUGGAGACCAAGGCUGAACUGUACCAACGGAGAGCACAGCUGGCUAAGUAUAAAGCUCUGUUGCAGGUUGUUCAGUCCCACGAUGGGUCCGUCAGGUCCGUGGUGGAGAAAGGAGACGCUCUGCUGUCUUCUGUCCACUACCCCUCCAUCAGAGACAAAAUGAACAGGCUGCAAAGGGACUACACUGAACUCUGUAAAAGAGCCAUGGCCCAUGUUGAGAAUCUGGAGGGCCAGGUGAAGGAACAGGAAGCUUACCACAACGAACUCCAGGAGGUGGAGCGCUGGCUGCUCCAGAUGUCCAGCAGAAUGGUGACUCCCGAUCCUUCUGUCGGGGGCAGCCUGGAGGCAGCCACUCAACAGCUGGCCAGGCACAAGGCCAUCAUGGAGGAAAUAGCGGGCUUUGAGGAUCGCUUGGCGGGCCUGAAGGAGCGCGGAGACCACCUGGUGCAAGGCUGCAGUGACCGUGUGCAGAGCAGGCUGAGACAGCAGGUCCAGGCUCACCAUCAAGGCACCAGAGACAGCUACUCUGCCAUCUGUAGCACGGCGCAGAGAGUUUAUCAGAGUCUGGACCACGAGUUACAGAGACACGUGAGUCUCCAAGACACAUUGAAGCAGUGCCAGACCUGGUUGACCUCUGUAUCAGAAGAACCAGAACCUCCUGCACAUCACCCUCUCAGCCUGGAGGAGGCACUACAGCAGGUGAAACAGGAGCGAGCUCUCCAGGAGCAGGCCGGCACUUACCUCCAACUUGUGUGUUCAGCAUGUGACCUGUCGGAGCCAAGGGUCAGGGACACUGCAGCAGCUAUCCAGCAAGUUAAACUGCAGAAAGAGGAGCGAAUGCUGCUUUGUGAGGAGGUAGCAGACAGCUGGAGGGACACAGAGGAACAGAAGGCAGAUCUUGAGAUCCAACUGAGAGAGACAGAGCAGCAACUUCAGAGCCUCAUCAGGAGACCUGCAGAGCUGGAGCCCAAGAUUGCACAAAACCAGCUGGACAAGGCACAGGAGGUCCUCCAGCAGAUUAAGGAGAGACAGUCUGAGGUAACCCAUUUGAAUGAAGCCACUGGUAGGCUGACAGAUGGACAGGUCUCCCCUGCACUGGAGGAGAUAAGGAGACUUCGGAGAAGCUGGAUGGACCUGGGCCAGCGGGCUGAGGAGCUGGAGGCUCAGCGGGGGGAGGACAUGCAGCGAAGUGGCGAGUACCAGGAGAGCAUAGUUGCUGUGGAGGAACUCUUCCACCAAGUAUCCAGGGAAUGGGACUACCUUGCCAGGGCUGACACAGAAAGUACAAGUGAGCAUCUGGAGGCACUCAGGAAGCUGUCCAGUGACCUGGAGGAGCAGAGAGCAACUCUAGAAGAUGUCAAAGACCAGAGACAAGCUAUUCUGCCUCGACUUAGCCUCCUAGACAAAGAGCUGGUCAAGCAACAGGUGGGUCACGUGGAGCAGCGCUGGGCCCAGCUCGAAACCCUGAUUCAGCAGAAGAUCCAGGACUCUGCACAAACACUGGAGGAUCUGGCUCGGGUAGAAGCCCAGCUGAGGGAUUCUCGGGAGUGGGUGGAGGAGCAGCGGCCUGCGCUUACAUCUGCGUUGAAAACCAGCCCACCCCCCGAUCUGGCCCAGAGUUUCCUGUUUGACCACUUGAGUGUAUGUGUGGAACUUGAGGCCCGUCAGCAGCUGCUGGGUCAGGCAGUGAGCGAAGCCCAGGCUGUGGCUUCCCGGCUGGGGCUGAGUGAGAAGAGAGGCCUUCAAGGGCUUGUUGAACAAGCCCAGACUGAGGUGGAGGCCCUGGGGGCUCGGGUGGCCCAAAGGAGGAAGUACCUCAGUAAGGCUUUCACAGAGAGGACACAGUUCCUACAAGGCUUGGGGAGAGCAUUGUCUUGGGUACAGCAACAGGAAAGGAAGGCGCUGAUAGAUGACCACAUAGCGCUCCUCCCCGAGGACCUGGCCAAACAGGUCGCUGCAUGCCGGGGCGUCCAUAGCGGCUUACGAGCCUACCAGAGGGAGCUGGCAUCUCUCUGGGUACAAGGGCGAGAGCUGGAGAGAGACGCCACCGACAAAGAAAGAGCAGAAACCCUGGCGAGGCUUGAGGAACUACAAUCAGUUUUUGAAACCGCCCUUCAGGGGACCACUCAGCGUCUAACAGACCUAGAGAAAGCCUUAACCUCUAGGAAGUACUUUCAGGUUGACCUCGACAAGACUUGCCACUGGUUGAGACGAGCAGAUGCAAUCACUUUCCCGGAAAUCAAUUUAAGCAACACUGAUGAAAACUCUGAAUUGCAAACACAAUUGUCUAACUUUCAGAAUGUCCUAGAGCAAGCUUCGGAACACGAGAACCUCCUUCUUAUCGUCCAAAGAAUAGGCCAGGAGAUCCUUCGUACUCUCAAUGAGAUUGACCAUUGCUACCUAGAUGAGAGGCUUAAUGCCCUGCCUCAGCAGUACAAUGCCAUCCUAGCUCUAGCCAAAGAGAAAAAAGACAGAGUCCAACAAAUAAUCCUAGAGAGAAAAGAGUUCAGCACUUUCUUCGAUAUUACUCGUAAUGCACUGGAGGAGCUUCGGGAGCAGUUUGACAAUCUGGAGAAGAAGACUAUCAGUAUUAGAGAGGAGGAGGUCACUUGUCUAAUUAAUGAAUACAGGAAUAUUAAUGAAAGUUUAUUCCACAUUGGCGCCUCUGUGAGAGAACUUCAUGGUAAAAAUGAGGGGUUCCUCUGUAGAGGUCAGCAAUAUAGAGCUGAAGAGACAGAGCAGCUGAUCAGUCUCCACAACACACUGAAGAGGAGAAAUGAUCAGAAAAUCAAACACUUGGAUAAUUGCUUAAGAAUUCUAGUCGAACACAACAGAGUAUUUACCAAUCUGGACUCAGAGGUAAAGUCUGUUAAAGAAAAGCUGGUCAAAGUUAAGUCAGACAAAGACGCAUGUGACACAGAUAAAAUCACUCAUCUUUAUUUAUUGCUAGAAAGACUGGAUGGUUUGAUCUGUCAGACUGAAGAAUGUAACCAUCAAACUGAAGGCCUUGGUCUGAAGUUCGAACCCACUGCCUUUCAACAAGCUACAUUUCAGCGAGAAUCAUUGCAGUCUUUACGAACUGAGGUCAAAUCUUGUGUUGACGAAGGUGAAAGGAAAGUCACCAAAGAUCAAGAUUUCAGCAGAGAGACUGACAAAAUGCUGCAGUGGCUGAGGACUAUCAUGGACAUCUUGGAAGAGCCUUUGACCUUUUCGGAGGUCAAAAUUGAGAGGGUACAAGAGGAAGUGCGCAAACUGAAAAUCAUAGAGGAGGAAGUAGGGAGCAGGUUGAGGAUGGUUGAUGCCUUGGGAGGCAGAGAAAAGCAAAGGUAUCGUAGUAGAAAAGAAACUGUUCCUGUCCACGUUGAGAAGAAACUACAGGAGCUGGCAGAGUUGGGAGCUGGAGCUCAAGAAGGAGUUUCCCAGAAACAGCUGGCUGUGGAAAAGGUUCUUGCCCUGGUCCAGCGGCACCACUUAUCUCUGCAGACCAUGCAGCAAUGGCUGGACUCUGCUGCGGAUUUGCUCCAGAGGGGCAGCUCGGGGGUGGAGCUCGAGGACCAGACAGAACGUGUGCGGGACAUGGAAGAGAUUUCAGCCCAGGAAAAGGGCUUCACCGUUGGAUUGGAGGAGCUGAGGACUCUGGAUCCUCUGCUGGUGGAUUUUAUAAAACCAGGAGCGAUGAGUAGGGAAAAAGUUGAGACAAUGCAGCUGAGAAACACAGAAGUCAAACAUCAACUGGACGCUUACAGAGAAGUGUCGCAGAGGUGUACAGUUCUGUGGAGCUGCUUCCAGAAUGAGAGAGAGACACUGGUUGAACAGAUGAAUGAUGCAGAGAGCAAGAUGGCCAUGUUCACCACAGCUAAAGCCGCGAGCAUCCAGCAGGCGGAGGACAAGUGUCAGAGAUACAAGUCUCUGGUGGCUCAUGUUGACCUGCUGGAGGUGCCUCUAAAUGCUUUGAGAGAGAUCGCGACAGAGUUAGAGCCCGACAUUUCCGAGUGCAGCAAAGGUGUCACCAGCCACUCUGUGUCAUCACUAUGGCAACGGUGGAGCAGGCUGCGCAGCGUGGCCCGAGCCCAGGAGAGGGCGCUGGAGGAUGCCGCGAGGGAGUGGAGGAACUACACGGAGAAGAUGGAGAAGGUGCGUUCUGUGUCCAAAGACCUCCACGGUCGCGUCCCAGACGGCACGGUCGAGAAGGCUGCCACUCGGACGGUGCUCCAGAGCCUCCUGGAGUACCACGACUCCUUCGGCCAGGAGCUGGAGAGGGAGCAGUCCAUCUUGGCCCUGCUCGGGCAGCACACCCGUAGCCUCAGAGGGGAGGAGGAGGAGGAGGAGGAGACGCAGGUGGUGGAGAAAAAGGCAGAGGAUGGACAUGAGGAGACGGCGUGCCUACAAGAGAUCAGACGUAUGCAGGAGCAAUAUGACAGUCUUAUGUUGCGGGUGAGGGCGAGCAGAGCUCAGGUGCACCAGGAGCUGCGGGAAAGAGAGGACGUUGAAAAAGAGCUGGGUUUGGUCAAAGGAUGGAUCCAAGACACUCGUGGCUUACUGCUUAGUCCAACUGCAGACCUGGAGUCACUGCUCCAAGAGCUUGAGACGGCACAUGGUGAGGUGAUCAGCAGACGUCAGAGUGUGGAGCGCAUGACAGAGCUGCAGCAGUCCAAGUACCAAGACCUCCAGGCUGGUCUGCCCUCUGAGCUCAGCAUGCAGCUGGCUGAGGUGGCUCUGGCUCUGGGCUCCGCUGAAGACCAGGUCCAGGCGCGGGAAAGGGAGGUGCAGCAGACCAGGGAUGUGAAAGAGGACUUCGGCUCCCGACUCCAGGACAUCGAAGCAAAGCUGAAGACCAUCGCUCUGAAGUUGGAGGACAAGAGCUGCGACCUGGAGGAGGCCAAAGAAGAGACCAAAGCUCUUUGUGAAGAGUGUGAAUCCUGUUGUCGCUCUCUGGCUGAGUUAGGAGUAGGGGUGCAGGAGUUUGGUGAGCAGAACCCUCUGCUGUGUAAGCAGCUUGGCGAUGCUGUGGCCAAACUUACGGAGGUGCAGCGGCACACGACACAGCAGGUCCAGGACAGAGCCAACAGACUGAAGAAGGCAGAAAGACAGGUGGAGGAAUAUCAGGGUAUGAAGGCGUUCAUUUUGGGCUGGACAGAAAAAGCAGAAGCUCUGGUCACUGGAAAUAUCAUCUGGAGCGCUGCUUCCCAGCUGCAGGAGCAAAUCCGAGCACAUCAGGCGUUGCUACGGGAGUGUCGGGGUCUCCAUGGUGACUUGGAGGCCAUGAGGGAAAGGGAGGGGCACCUGGGGGAGGUGUUGCAUAUGGCGGGUUGGAGCCAACAGGUGAAACAUCUCAGCAGACACACUGAGGAGCUGCAGCAAGCGGCCAAGACUCGCCUCCAGAGUCUGCAGGAUGCGGCGAAGGACAUGUUGCGUCUGGAGGCAGAGGUAAAAAUCCUCCAUGCAGCCGUAGACCAGAUCCAGGUCACACUCGCAUCCCCUGACCUCAACAGACUCAGCCUCAGAGAGCAGCUCACACAGAGACAGCGUCUGUUGGUGGAAAUGGAGGGUUUCAAGCAGCAGGUGGCGGCGGUGCAGCGGUGUCAGAGCGCCCUCCGCCUCCCGGAGGAGAUCGUGACCAGUCUGCCUAUCUGCCGUACAGCUCAGACUCUGCAGCAGGAGGCCAGCCAACUGCAGCACACCACCAUCCAGCAGUGCAACAUCCUGCAGGAGGCCGUGGUGCAGUAUGAGCAGUAUGAACAGGAAGUGAAGAACCUCCAGAGGUUAAUAGAAGAAGCCCAUCGCAUCAUUCAGGACCGGCACGUCUCCACUAACAACAUACAAGAACUUCAGGCUCAAAUACACCACCAUGAGGAGCUGGCCCAGAAGAUCCGCGGCUACCAGGAGCAGAUCGCCUCGCUCCACUCCAAGUGCAAGAUGCUGACGGUGAAGGCCAAGCAUGCCACCAUGCUGCUGACGGUCAGCGAGGUGGAGGGCCUUUCAGACGGCAUGGAUGAGCUGAGUGAUGAGGAGCUGCCCAGUGCCGUGGCAACCAACAACACCACCACCACCAAGCAGCUUCCUGCACACCCCUCUGUUGUCAUGAUGACAGCCGGCCGCUGCCACACUCUCCUCUCCCCGGUGACGGAGGAGUCAGGGGAGGAGGGCACCAACAGCGAGGUCUCCUCUCCCCUUGCCUGCCGCUCCCCCUCCCCAGGGGCUAACGCUGAUGCUCCUCUUAACCAGGGUCGAGGCACUUUAAGCCGAGCCCCCCUCCAGGAGCUGUACGACCCAUCCAUGGAGACCAGCGCUGCGAACCUGGAUGACCUGCAGAGAUCCUGGGAAACACUCAAGAAUGUGAUCAGUGAGAAGCAGAAGAGCCUGUACGAGGCUCUGGAGCGUCAGCAGCACUACCAGGAGUCCCUCCAGUCCAUCUCCACCAAGAUGGAGUCCAUCGAGGGGGCGCUCAAUGAGGGCCUGGAGCCCAGCAAGAGUCCUGAGAGCCAGAUGGCUGCACAUCAGGCUCUGAUGGACGAGAUCUUGAUGCUGCAGGAUGAGAUUGGUGAGUUACAGACAUGUUUCUCUGAGGAGCUGGCAGACAGUGACAGCGAUGGGGAGCCUGGUGACCAACUGGCACUCCAGUCUACUCUCACCGUACUGGGAGAGAGGAUGGCCACCAUUCGAAUGAAGGCGUCGGGAAAACGGCAGCUGCUGGAAGAGAAACUAAGUGAGCAGCUAGAGGAGCAGCGACAGGAGCAGGCACUGCAACGUUACCACAGCGAGGCCGAGGAGCUCGACCACUGGCUGCUCAGCACUCGAGCCACUCUCAGCUCGGCACUUCAGCUCCAAAACAAAGACUUGGACAUGGAGGAGCAGCUCAUUGACUGUCAGAACAUGCUGUUUGAGAUCGAGCAGAAGGUGUCGUAUUUGUCGGAGCUGUCCGUCCACAGCGAGAGUUUGCUGAUGGAGGGCCGGGCGGAGACCAAGGGAGAGGCGGAGCAGCUCACCACCAAACUGCACUCCCUCAAAGGCAGCCUCCUGGAGCUGCAGCAGAUGCUGCAGGACAAACAGGUCGACAUACAGGGUUCAUUGCAGGAACAGGAGGACAGUGAGCCGGACUCAUCUCUGUCCCAGAGCCCUAAUGUCCAGGAUUGGCUGUCUCAGGCCCGUUCAACACGCACUCAGCAACACCACGACAACCUGCUUCGGCAGAGGGAGUUGCAAGAGCAAGUAGCUGAACAGAGGAGGCUGCUCCAGUCUGUAGCAAGUGUUGGUGAAGAGUUACUCAACCUACAGACCACACCCAAUGGGGACAGUGAGGUGUCCAUCCCAGGGGGAGUGUUGCUGGAGACUGAGAUGCUGUCUCCUUUGGAACAGCUGAGACAGCGCUGGGAAAACCUGAAUAAAGAUCAGAGUACAAAGCUGCAGCUCUCCCUCAACACCCUGGAACAGGACCAACUCAGCCCGGUCCUCCACCGGUCUCGUCUGUCGAGUCCCAGCAUGGUGUUUAGAGGUGAAUCCUGCAGCCAGGACUCUCACUCUCCCAGAGCUUUGUUUGAGGCCUGCAGCCAGACUCUGGAAAGAAUCUCCCACGAGGCAAUGGGUGGUGACAGUAAACUGUCUUUUGGAGGGGUCACAAUCCAGCAAGACUUGUAUGCUGCAGUUUCGGCAGCCUCCUUCUGGCUGGAUGCAGCUGAGAAUCAGCUGCUUUCCGGUCCCGUGCUGCUGCUCGAGGACACAGAGACACAACUCACAAAUCUAGAGGGUCUGAAUAAACAGCUGAAGGAGUUGACCAGGGAAGUGAACCAGUGCAGAGAUCUGCUGGGUGGAGGAGCAGGCCGGCUGUGUGGAGGCGAGGAGCAAGCUCUGAUGGAGGACACCCUGGAGGGUCUGCAGGAGAGGAUGGGCCUGCUGGACUCCACGCUGGAGCAGCACUGCGAUGGCAUGAGAGACACGCUGCAGGAACACUCAUCUUUCCAGAAUGAACUGAGGAUGCUGUUCACAGCUCUGAGCGAGAGUAAACACCAGUUGCUGCAGAAGAUGGCUUGUAGUGCAGACAGACCUGCAUCCAAACAGAUCGAGGCAUUAUCAGAAGUGGAGGACAGUCUGAGAGAGUUUGAGCAGAGAGUGACUGAGCUGAAGACGAGAGCAGAAGGACUCCAAUCUGAGCAAAUCUCCCAUCAGGAACUACUCAAACUACAGGAUGCAUAUGAGGAGCUGGUGCUGAUGGUGGGCUCCAGACGAAGCAGCCUCAACCACGGCUUGUCUCUCAAGGCUCAGUACGAAGCUGCACUUCAUGACCUCACAGACCUGGUGGACACCGCUCAGGACAAGAUGGCUGCCGACCAGAAGAUGACAGUGGCCUCUGUUAUAGAGGUCCAGAUGUUACUGGACAAACACAAAGAGUUCUUUCAGGGUCUGGAAUGUCACAUGAUCCUCACCCAGAUAUUUUACAGUAAAGUGUCUAGUCUGGUGGCGCAGAGGGAAAGCCAGGCCCUGGAGGAGACCAUGGCUUUAGCCCACAGUGUGCUCAAACAGGCCCACAGGAGGGGAGUGGAGCUGGAGGGCAUAUUGGAGUCAUGGAGCAGGCUUGUGGAAGACUACCAGGCUCUGUGUCGACAGCUGGAGGCUGUGGAGUGUAGCAUCCCUACUGUAGGUCUAGUAGAGGAGACAGAGGAGAGACUCACCGAAAGGAUCAGUCUCUACCAGCGUCUGAAGGCCAGCCUGACGGAGCAUCAGCCACAGCUGUACCAGGUUCUGGAGGAGGGCAAGAGGCUCCUUCUGUCUGUCGGCUGUUCGGACUUGGAGAAUCAGCUGACCCAACUGGGAGAACACUGGCUGUCCUCCACCACCAAGGUCAACAAGGAGCUGCACCGCCUCGAUUCAACGCUCAAACACUGGAGCAGGUACCAGAGUGAGUCAGCUGAGUUGAGCCACUGGCUGCAGUCAGCGCUGGACCGGCUCGAGUUCUGGACAACCCAGUCAGUGACAGUGCCUCAGGAGCUGGAGACGGUCAGAGACCACCUCUAUGCCUUUCUGGAGUUUUCCAAGGAGGUGGACGCAAAGUCGUCCUUGCGUGCUUCUGUGCUAAGCACAGGAAACCAGCUCCUGCGAUUGAAAAGAGUAGAUACAGCUGGUCUAAGGACGGCACUGGGACAAAUCGACACUCAGUGGGCUGAGCUGCUGAAUCGUAUUCCCAUAGUGCAAGAGAAGCUACACCAGCUGCAAAUGGAGAAGCUGGCAUCACGGCACGCCAUCACAGAGCUGAUGAGCUGGAUCUCGCUCAUGGAGAACAUCAUAGACGAAGACCAGGAUAAGAUCAUGGGAGCUGUAGGCUCCGAGGUAGUCCAGAACUUCCUGCAGAAGUAUAAGGGCUUCCGCAUUGAUCUGACCUGUAAGCAGCUGACUGUGGACUUUGUCAACCAGUCAGUGCUGCAGAUCAGCAGUCAGGAUGUGGAGGGAAAGCGCAGUGACAAAACAGACUUCGCCGAGAAUCUGGGAGCUAUGAACAGAAGAUGGCAAAUACUGCAGGGACUUAUCGCAGAAAAGAUUCAGUUAUUGGAAGGAAUUUUGGAAGGUUGGAUGGAGCAUGAAAAUGGAGUCCAGGCCCUGAAAACCUGGCUCACACUACAAGAGGAGAAACUAAAGAAGAGGCACAGGAUAGAGGAUGUAGCAUCAGUGCAGAAUGCACUCAAAGACUGUCAGGAAUUGGAAGAAUUAGUGAAGGAAAAAGAGAAGGAUCUAGAGAAAGCGGAAGAGCGAGGAAAUGCUCUCAUUCAGGAUAAGAAAGGAGCAGCCUGUUCUGUUGUCAAGGAGACCCUCAAAGGGCUGAACCAGUCCUGGGCUCAUUUGGACCACAUGAUAAGCCAGAUGAAGAUCAGUCUGCGGUCAGUGCUGGAGCAGUGGACCCUGUAUCGGCGAGCCUCAGAGGAGAUUAUUGGUUACCUGAUGGAAGGGAUUUACUCCGUGUCCAGGCUGCGUCUCCUUAAUGGGUCUCUAGAGGCGGUGCAGCAGCAGGUGGAGAGUUUAGAGAACCUGCAGGAGGAGAUGGAUAAACAGGAGAGCAGUCUGAGGAAAUUUGACUCCGUGACACACCAGCUACUGACAGAGUGCCACCCGUCUGUGGCUGACACGCUCAACAGAGCCCUCCGCGAUGUCAACAUCAGGUGGAACCGCCUACUAGAGCAGAUCUCAGAGCAGCUGAGGAGCAGCAAGGCCUUGUUGGGUCUAUGGCAACGCUACAGGACAUUGUACAGCCAGUGUGUGACAGCCGUUCAGAAACAGGAAGAGCAUGCUGAUCGCCUGCUGAAGACCGCCACCGACAAGGAGAUCACCGAGGAGGAGAGCAGUGUCUGGAUGAAGGACUGCAAUGCUUGCCUUGGUGACCAGGCCUCAGUGCAGGAGUCCCUCCAUCGACUGCAGGCUUUAGGGGAACAGCUGAAGAGCCAAGUCGACGCCUCCUCCUCUGCAGCUCUGCAGUCGGACCACCUGUCACUCACACAUCGUCUGGCAGCACUGGAGCACGGCCUUCACAGGCAGCAGGAAGUACUGCAGUCUGGAUCCCAGGCAUGUGACAGCUUCAGAGAGAAGUUGGAAACACUGAUGCGUAAUGCAGAGGAGGCAGAGGAGGUGCUGAAGGAGUCCGACACAGUCAGUUCACCGGAGCUCGGUGUGGUCCAGUCUCGUAUGGAGAAACUGAAGGUUCACCUGUUGAAGUUGAGCAGCCUUUCUCCUGACCUAGAACGGGUAAACGAGCUGGUGUACAGACUACCAGUCAGCGACAGAGACGUUAAAAAGCUGCAGAGUCUCAACAGAGCCUGGGCCACUCACUGCGCUCACCUCACCGAGAGGUUCAGUAAACUGCAGGCCGUCUUGCUCCAGCAGCAGAGCUUCCUCCAGAAGUGUGAGGCCUGGAUGGACUUUCUGUCUCAGACUGAUCAGAAGUUGGCCGCUGAGAUCUCGGGCAACUACCAGAGUCUGCUGGAGCAGCAGCGAGACCACGAGUUGUUCCAGGCAGAAAUGUUUAGCAGGCAACAGAUUCUGUACUCCAUCAUCAGCGAUGGCCAUCGUAUGUUGGACCAGGGACUAGCGGACGACAGAGAUGACUUUAGUGUGAAGCUGGCCUUGCUGAGCAACCAGUGGCAGUGCAUAGUGCGGCGGGCUCAGCAACGGAGAGGCAUCAUUGACAGCCUGGUGCGCCAGUGGCAGAACUACCGCGAGAUGGCGGAGAAGCUCCUACGGUGGCUCCAGGAAGUGACCCACGAUUCAGAUGUUAAACUGCAGGGAGAACCAGCGGCCCUGCAGCAGGCCAGGAACCUGUUGGAUCAGAUACAGACUCCCUUAGUUAAGCUGUACCCCCUCUGCCAUUUGUCUCUGUCUGUGCUUGUCCAGCUGAGGGAGCGAGUGCUCCAGAGGCAGCAGGGAGGCUACAUCCUCACCGUGGAGGCUGGACGGAGCCUGCUCCUGUCGGCCGACGACAGAGCCGAGUCCACCCUGCAGACGGAGCUGAUGGAGAUCCAGGAGAGGUGGAGGCACGCCCACCACCGCCUGGACCAGCAGAGGAGGAGUCUACACGGCUUGCUCAAGAACUGGGAACGAUGUGAGAAAGGCAUAGAUGCAUCACUGGAGAAGCUGAGGGCCUUCAAGAGGAAGCUGUCUGUGCCUCUGCCUGAUCACCACGAGGAGCUACACUCCGAGCAAAUCAGAUGCAAGGAGUUGGAGAGCAGUGUGGAGGGCUGGACUGAUGACCUCACUUCCAUGUUCCUGCUGAGGGGCUCCUUGGAGGGUGUGGUUAGUGCUGAUGACAUCACCGUCCUACAGGAACGCCUCCAGCUGCUACAGCGCCAGUGGGAGGAGGUCUGCCACCAGCUUUCCCUGCGCAAGCAGCAGGUCAGCGAGAAGUUGAACGAGUGGGCCGUGUUCAAUGAGAAGAACAAGGAGCUGUGUGAGUGGCUCACACAGAUGGAGAGCAAGGUCUCUCAGAACGGGGACGUCAAUAUCGAAGAGAUGAUUGAGAAACUGCGCAAGGACUACCAGGAGGAGAUCGGCGUGGCCCAGGAGAACAAGCAGCAUCUGCAGGUUAUGGGCGAGCGGCUGGCCAGGGCCAGCCAGGACAGCAAGGCGGCGGAGAUCCAACACAAACUGAGCAAAGUCAGCGAGCGCUGGCAACACCUGCUGGACCUCAUCGCUGCCAGGGUCAAGAAGUUGAGGGAGACCCUGGUCGCGGUGCAGCAGCUGGAUAAAAACAUGAGCAGCCUGCGCUCCUGGCUGGCUCACAUCGAGACAGAUCUGUCCAGGCCCAUCGUUUACGAUACCUGUGACGACAAGGAGAUUCAGAGGAAACUCAACCAGCAGCAGGAGCUGCAGAGGGACAUAGAGAAACACAGCACAGGCGUGGCGUCCGUGUUGAACCUGUGUGAAGUGCUGCUCCACGACUGCGAUGCCUGCUCCACGGAGACGGAGUGCGACUCCAUCCAGCAGGCCACCAGAGGGCUGGACAGACGCUGGAGGAACAUCUGUGCCAUGUCCAUGGAGAGGAGGCUCAAGAUUGAGGAGACGUGGAGGUUGUGGCAGAAGUUUCUGGACGAUUACUCCAGGUUUGAGGACUGGCUGAAGACGUCCGAAAGAACGGCAGCUCUGCCGAACUCCUCUGGGGUUCUUUACACGGUCGCUAAAGAGGAACUCAAGAAGUUUGAGGCCUUCCAGCGUCAGGUGCAGGAGUGUCUGACCCAGCUGGAGCUCAUCAACAAACAGUACCGUCGCCUGGCCCGCGAGAACCGCACCGACUCCUCCUGCCGUCUCAGAGAAAUGGUGCACGAUGGGAACAAGCGAUGGGACAACCUGCAGAAGAGGGUGGCUGCCAUCCUCCGCAGACUCAGGCACUUCAUCAGCCAGAGAGAGGAGUUCGAGACGGCACGAGACAGUAUCCUGGUGUGGCUGACGGAGAUGGACCUCCAGCUCACCAACAUAGAGCACUUCUCCGAGUGUGACGUGCACGCCAAGAUCAAACAGCUCAGGGCGUUCCAGCAGGAGAUCUACCUGAACACGGGGAAGAUUGAGCUGGUGUUCAGGCAGGGCAAAGCUCUGAUCGAGAAGAGUGAACCUCUGGACGCGGCCGUCAUCGAGGAGGAGCUGGAGGAGCUGCAGAGAUACUGCCAGGAGGUCUUCGGACGAGUCGACAGAUACUACAAGAAACUCACCCGUCUGCCUCUGGCUGACGAUGAGUUUGACGGCUCAGACCUAGAGCUCGACAUGGAGGAGGGCGCCGACCUCUCCGAGCUGCAGUGGGGCGACUCCUCUUUGCCGCGGACGUCCAGCCGUCAGGCCACGGGCACGACCGCCCUCAUUCGGGCCGACCGCUCGGGGCGGGAUACUCCGGCCAGCGUGGACUCCAUCCCGUUAGAGUGGGACCACGACUACGACCUGAGUAGAGGUCUGGAGAGCCCAGGGGGACGAGGGGAAAGGAGCCGAGGGCAAGAAGAGGAGGAUGAGUAUCUGAGGACGGCUGCGACGGUUCUGUCAGGUGAGCCGGGUCAGCUGGAGGCCAGUCUGAGGCAGCUGGACCAGGCUCUGGAUGCAGGACGGUAUCACCUCCAGCAGAGAGAGGCCAGCGUCAGCCGAUCCAGCCCCGACAUCGACUCCACAUACAUGGGCUACAUGCGUCUAAUGGGAGAGUGUCGAGGAAGUAUAGACGCAGUGAAGAGAACAGAGGAGGAGCUGACUGAGGAUGAGGAUGACAUGCCGGGGCUCAACAAACCCACCAGCACAGACACUCAGAGCGCUGGUGUGAUCGAGCGCUGGGAGCUGAUCCAGGCUCAGUCCCUGAGCGAAAAGCACAGGCACAAACAGAACCUGCAGCAGUGGCAGCAGCUGAUCUCGGACCUGCAGACCAUGAGGGCCUGGCUGGGUCAGUCCGAGGCCGAACUCAGCCGGCUGCGAGGGCCCGACCUCAGCACCGACAUACACACCAUCCAGCAGAGAAUCAAGAGGCUCAAGGAGCUUCAGAAGGGGAUGGAUGCCCACAAGUCGGAGGUCCUGUCCAUCAACCUGAGCAGCGCAGACUUCCUCCAAUCAGAGCCCGACUCCGAUGAGUCCUGGGAGCUGAGGGACGGGCUGAAAGAGAUCAACUCGCGCUGGGAUCAGCUCGGCACCUCGCUGGAGGACUGGAGGGAGGAGCUACAGAGGGCGCUGAUGCAGUGCCAGGAGUUCCAUGAGAUGAGCCACGGGCUGCUGCUGUGGCUGGAGAACAUCGACCGCAGGAGGAACGAGGUGGUGCCCAUCCCUCCCAAAGUGGAUCGCGAAACAUUGCGCGCUCAUCACAAAACGCUGACGCAAAUCAAGCGCGAGCUGCUGGACUCUCAGCAGAAGGUGUCGUCCCUUCAGGAGCUCUCGGCUCAGCUGCUGGUCAACACCAAACCUCAGACUCUGCUGCUGCUGCAGUCGCACGCCUCGGAGCAGACCCAGCCCCAGGGCGGCGAGUGUCUGGAGGCCCAGGAGAAGGUGCACGUGAUCUGGAACCGGCUACGGCUGCUGCUGCGGGAGGUCAACUCAGACCUGGACGGGCUGGAGAGGAGACUGGAGGCCGCGGACACGCAGCAGGAUUUCUCAUCGUUGCCUGCUGGCAAAUCACAAACCUGCAGAUCAGCUGCUCCGGUGUCAGAGGUGACGGUCGAAAGCCGCAAGCGAUUGCCCCGAGGCAAAAGUAGUCAGGCCGACCCGGGACCCCCUGAGAGCGGCCCGCGCCACAGCCGGAGCAGAUCACCAGGCGCCGCUGGUUGCGUUUCCUCCCGUUCUAACCUUCCGGACGGCGCCGCCUCCUCCUCGUCCUCAUCCUCCUCCCCGAAGGGCCAGUCCUUCCUGUCGCGGGUCCUCAGGGCUGCGCUCCCCCUGCAGCUGCUCCUACUGCUCCUCAUCGGUCUGGCCUGCCUGGUGCCCAUGACGGAGCAAGACUACAGCUGCCACCACGCCAACAACUUUGCCCGCUCCUUCCACCCCAUGCUGCGCUACACCAACGGACCUCCGCCCAUAUGAGGAGCGAGCUAAAAAAAAUCAUCCCUGUGCUUUGCUAAGGACUCCACUGACUCAUGUGAAUGUUUCUUCUUCACCCUGUGCCCUAAAGCCACCAACUCUGUCCCCCUGCUGGGGAGGGAGUCACAUGCAUUAUGAAGUGACGCAGAUAUGAUUUUGAAGGCUUCAAGGCUCUCACAAACAUUGCACACCCACUCUCCUGAAAUCACCUCAGCCCUUUAAAAGUCCCUUCUCUCCAGAAUCAAUGGACCUUCUUCUGGAGACCCUCUUCCCCCAAUCCAAAUAAUUUCAUGUUGUUUUAACUUAAUUGUAAAUAAUAUUUUUCAAGGUUUCUGAAGAAACCUGUGAAAUCAAUGAAAAGCAAAGCACUAUUUAUAUACUCUAUGUUGGGAGCCAAAGCCGACCAUGCUUUUUGUCCAUGAUAUCCAGUGCUGCUACUAUUUAUUUAGUGUUCAAUCAGUUAACAGAUUGUUAGUAUUGAGGAGGCUGAGGCACCACCAGCGUGGGACGAUUCUGUACCGGUGAACUGUAGACCUGCAGUUUGAGUAAAUCAUCCAUGGUGUCAGAAGUGGAGAAGUUUCCUUCCAGAAGACACGUUGGAAGAACAACUUGGAUAAAAUGACUGAAACAGCACAGGAACAAAAACUCUUUUCAGUGACAUCGAAAGAACCAGGUUGAAUUUGGAAAUGAAGUCUUCAUAUGAUGUUCGAGAUGAAAAUCUGAACCUAUUGCACUGACACGGGCUCCGUCAAAGGUACUGCACUGAAGCCGUCCAGCCAAGAUGGCCGACUUCUUUCCCCAAAAGCCAAGGCUUGAAUUCCUGUUUUUUUUAUUUCAGUAUUAAAUCAGCAUCGGAGCCAAGAUGAAAAAAAAAAAAGAUUUGAGCUCUCAUGCUAAAAACUAAAUUUGUAUAUUAUUGUUGAAAUGCCUUUGAAUACAGGCGGUUAUUUUUUUAUCUUUCUGUUUGAGCAUGCACUCUGCUUUUAAGAAAGCCAAACAAUCACUGGUAGUGUUUUAGUAUAUGGCUGUGACAUGAAAAAUCGUGUGCUUUGUAAUAACUGUGCUUAAUUAUUCUGCAGCGAUGGGAUCACAAUCACUGCGUUGUUAGAAAAAAACAAACAGAAUCUGUAAAAACAAAGGAUGAAAUAUGAAAAUGGUUAUUUAUGUAUGUACAGUUUGCUAAUGCCGACUUCACGAAGAAUACUCUCUUUGCAAAUAAUAAACAUGAAAUAUUUA